AUGGAUUCCCUUACAACAAAAAAUAAGAGCGGCAAUACUCUAUCUACCAAUAGUAAUGAAAUACCCACUGCAUCAUGGGAUACACUUGUUUUAGAUGGGCAAUUAUCAAAAAAUCUGGCCAAAUACAAUCAAUUGAUUGAAAAAAUAACCACACAAUCUCAAGUAACUAAACUACAUUCGUUAAUAAUUAAUGACCAUUUAAACCAAUCUAAUAGUUUAUCAGUUUUUAUAUCAAAUAUCCAGCUGAAUCAUAAUAAAGAUCUAAGAAAAUUGGAAUUGAAAAGAACAGAUUUAACAAACACAUUAUCAAACUUUCAAUCUUCUUUGUCAACCGUUUCAAAGACAAACAAUGUUACAUCUUUAAUUAAUUCAAAUAUUCAAUCUAUCGAUUUACAGAGAUCUUUAAUUAAAAAGACACUAAAAUUUCUAAGUCAUGUUAGAACUUUGAAAAACGAUAUCAUAUUAAUUCAUUCAGCCCUUUUAACGAAAGAUUAUUUGGUUGCCGCUAAAGCGAUUAGUGAAGUCAGAUCCUUACCUCCUGAUAUAAUAGAUUCGACUUUUGUUAAAAAGACAGUUCCAUCCAGUGAAAUUCCAGAAAUACCAAGAAUUUUAAUUGAUAAUUGGUGUAAAGAAUUGACCGACCUAUUUAAAAGUAAAUUUAUUGAUGCUGCUCGGUCAAAAAAUAUUGAAGAUUUAACCUUAAUGUUCAAGAUGUUUCCAAUGGUAGGUGAAAACACUUUAGGUUUAGAUUUGUAUUCAAAAUACAUUUGUGAUAUUAUUGCAAAUGAAAGUAGAAAAAUUAUUACAGAUGAAACGAAUAAAAAUUCAGAUAAUGGUGCUCAUCAUAUUAAUCCAAGUAAAAUUCCAGGAUUCUAUGCCAAAGUUAUCCUUCAUUUAUUUAAAAUCGUUUCCACUGUGAUUAAUGAGCAUUCUAAAAUUAUUUCAACAUCUUAUGGUAAUAUCCAUAUGAUUCAUGUGAUGGAGAAAAUUGAAAAAGAAACUGAUUUACAAACUGGUUUAGUCUUGGAUAUUUUCUUGGAAACAAGAAAAGUUGACCGUAUAUUGUCUGAAAUUAAUGAGUGGAAUGAUUUACAUUCGUUAAAAAUAAAAAAUUUAAACAAAUCACUAGUUGCCAAUACUCAUCAUACAAGAGAAAAAAGUUCAUCACCAAGUAUACAUGGAAAAGUAUCAUCAACUGAGAAAAAUUUACAUUCACGAACUAAUUCUUCUAAUGAAAAUAAUAUUCAAGACUUAGAUUCAGUAGUCUCAUUCUCAAUUAAUGAUUUAUCUUUGUUAAUUGAUGAAUUUUCACAAAUUUUGCAAAAUUGGUCCAUGUAUGCCAGAUUCUUCUCUAUUAGAUGGAAUGAAUUCUCUGAUAUUAAAUUCAAUAUUUUACAACCACCUCCACCAAUUGCAAACAGUCAGUUUGUAUCAAAAUUAAGCAAUGAGAAUUUACUAAAUAACUUCGAAUCUUUGGUGGUACACAACUUAUAUAGAUCAUUUGAUAAGAGUUUAAAAAUUGAAGACUUACCAUCAUUAAACGAUUACAUUAUAAAUGACGAAUUAAAUUUCAAAGAUAUAUCUUCUAAUCCAAUAUCUUCUGUUGUCGAAGAUUUAACUUUAUUUAUUAGACGAAAUUUAAUAUCUACAGUUAAUACAGGGCAAUUUUCUGUUUUAGAUAAUUUCUUAAAUCAAUUGGCUAAAUUUAUUCAAAAUGAAUUUUUAGUCAAAUUUAUGCAAUCCAAAUUUAAAUUUCUACAGAGCAGACUAAAUACUUCAACUAAUUUGAAAAAAUACACGCCAAAAUCCUUAGAACCACCACCAAAUUCAACUUCAUUACAUCCACCCUCUUCACCACCACGUUCUAACUCACCUGCAAGUUUUGCUGAAAAAUAUGCCUCAUCUACCUUGUCACAAUUCGGUUUUAAUUUUAGAGGUGCAGCUGCCAACGCAUUAACAAAUAUUCAAUCCAAUUUACAAGCAGUAGUUUCUGAUGAGGAAUCUGUUUUGGCUCUCCAUCAUUAUCUGAUUUAUGUUAACACUUUAUUUGUUGAGAUAAUAUUCAUUCAUAAACUAUUAAUUGAAGAAACGAUUGAAGAUAAUCCAACAAUGUUAAAAGAUAAUUUUCCAUUUAAUAACGAAUUUCAAGAGGUUAUUAUUAAAUUGAAAAAUUGUGAAAAAUUAAUUAUUAGACAAACAGAAAAAUUGCAGAAAUGGUCAAUUAAAUAUCUAUUUGAAAAUAUCGUUAAAUCUAAAAUACGAUCAUUGUUGAUUCCAUUAUUUAUCAAUGGUACAGAAAAUUCUUAUAUUGCAGGCGCUGAAGAUUUUGAAGAUAUGACUACUGUAAACGAAUUUAUUACAAAAUGGAAACCUUUCAUUGUACCAUAUAAAAAUAUUUUGUGCACAGAUGCUUAUAAUGAGUUAUUAAGCUAUGUUGUUCAAAAUAUUGUUACAGUAUUAGAAGAUAAGAUAAUGCUAUUAAAAGUUAAUGAAUUAGGUGCUGCAAAAUUGGAUAGAGAAUUAAGUUUGUUUAUUGCAACAAUCUGCUCAUUAAACUAUGUACUAAGAGAGAAAUUCACCAAAUUGACCCAAAUUGUGUUGUUAUUAGGCUUUGAUGAAGAUGAUAUGGAUCCAAAUACUAAUGAUUUGAAGGAAGAAAUCAAGAGUAGUAUUACUUGGGUUUUAAGUCCUCAAGAACGUAUCAAAAUCAGAAAGAUUAAAGUUGAUUAG